AUGGCUUUCUUGCCUCUCGACUUUGAUACUAACCCAGACUUCACCACUGUGCCACGAUCCAGGUCUCCAAUGACACCAGGACGUCAGAUGUGCUCAGUAAUGGUGCCAUUGCAGGAAAGCGCUUCCCCUCACGGUUACAGACACAGAGAUGCCCUUGCCGGGCCACGUGAUCGACGUUCUCCAGCGUCACCGACACAGACGUCGAUGCGGGCGUAUCGCCCUGCCGACUACAGAGGCAGCGUCGUGUCCAAUCCUCUAAGUGAUGAGCAGCUGUACAGCAUACCGCCGUCUCCGCGCCCAAGGCACCAGCCUUCGUCAUACCGACGAAGCCCUGGACCCGUCUCGCAGAGACGGAGACGCAGCCCGGAUCAUGACAGCCUUGUUGCAAUGGGAUCAUGGACUAGCCAAAGCACCCACAAUGAAGAGCCAUGUGCAAGAUCCGGACGUGAAAAAGGCAGCAGCAGCAGCUUCCACGACGGCGACUUUUCAGCCAAGUAUGCGCCAUACGAUGACUUCAUCCUCUUCCCCGAUGAUGCUGGAGAAUACAUUCACGAGGACUUCACAGUCCCCGCCCACUCAUCGUCAGCGCUUGGGGCCCCCCGCAUUACCAGGCUCCGCACACCAGACCUGGCGCCGCUGUCGACAGAUGUCCAAUUCUUCCCCUGCCUCGGCGAUGAAUCUGAGCGAGACAGGAUUAACGAGGCCUGGUACAUUGCCGGUCGGGAGAGGGUUGAGUCUCAAUUGGAUGAUGCCUUGGCUUACAUGAUGGCUGUAGAGGGACGCAGUCGCACGCGGAGAGGGUGA